AUGUUCAUUUACAGCAGACAACAUAAUUCAAGAGUGCAACUCAACCACUGCAAAAUUUUAUUAAAUAAUGGUUUUGUGAAAGAGAGACAUUCAUUCAGUGUCUCUUACCCUCAUUUUUUUCCCUAUGAACAGUGCUCUCCAUGGCGGAAUCGCUCAUGCUGCACACAAGAAACUGCCAGAGCUAUACACGAGUCAAGCCAUCACCCAUUGGACUACGACCAUUGCAAGAGUAGAAGGACGCUCUCCAAAGAUUGCCGCCGACAUUUCACCCAAGAUGACUGUUUCUAUGAGUGUUCACCUAAUGUUGGACCUUGGGUAGUCAAGGAUAACGAGCGCCCAUGGCGUACAGAGCGUUUCUAUGGCGUGCCUCUCUGUGCCAGUGACUGUGAGGCCUGGUUUGAGGCUUGCCUCUAUGACUUUACCUGCACGGAUAACUGGUCCCUCAACUUCCGCUGGGUCACCAUCACUGAUGAUGGCAUUACCAAACUAUCUGAUGGUCGCCAGUGCAAGAAUGGCGCUUCUUCCUGCAAGGUGAAUGUGUGUCCUGAAGGCUCCUCUUGUGUGACCUUCCUACAGAUGUACGGCAACGCCAGCAACUUCUGCGAGACGGUGUGGGACGGCUCCUGGCGCUACACGCCGGACGACCAGCCCUGCAUGCGACUCUGGUUUGACGGUGAAGCUGGCAACCCCAACGUGGCUGUGGCUGAGUUCUAUGCCAAUCUCAAGUCUGCGUCUGGUGUUGAUACGCUAUUGCUCUCACCUGCCCUCGCACUCCUCGUGAGCGUCGUGGCCAUGUUCAUCCGUCCGGGCCUUUAAAAGAGAACUGCCGGGUGGAGUAGUUCGUUGGUCACACAAGCUAGAAAAAAGUUGGACAUUUUUAUUAUAAGUUAAUCUCUUUGGAGAGUAAUUUGGUCUACUUUAGCGGAAUCGUUUUAAUGCAGCCAUGUGGAUGCAAAUAUAUGACUGGUGCCAAAUUGUAUUUUGUAGGUUUUCCAAACUUCAUCUAAGGCUGCGCCAUGAUACCCAACAGUUGUAACGCUUAGAGCUCAUUUAUAGUUUGCUGUGACGGACUAUAUCAAUUCAAAAAAGCAUAUCAAUAAAGUGAAGAAUUUUUAAUCGCUGAAAUAUUAUGCAAGAACUUCUCAUGAACAAAACUUGGGGAACGAGCCUAAUAAAAUUAAUUUGAAGGUAAGGUUACCCACACUCGCGCAGAGUUAGGUUGCCUGGGCAAAAGUAGUGGUCGCAGCCAAAACACCAUGUGUGCCACUGGUCGGUCGUAGUGAUGACAAGAUCCACUCUAGCACGUGCCCACGUGUGCGUCCAAGGUUCUGACGUUGCUUCAAAUACGAAUUUUACUUCAUGAGCUCAAAUAAUGAGUAGGGGCUAAACAUCUUCGUCAUGGCCUAUCAUACGACAUACGGUAAUUUUUGAACUGAAUGGUCGGAGUAGGCAGCGAGGCAUGAGAUACACAUUAUAGCUGCAGCACCCUGCAAGUUGCUGCUGUUGUGGAGUCAGGCAACGAACUGCCGAAAAAUUCUUCAAGGAAGAGUAAAGUAAAGUUUGGGGCGAGAUAUUUGGUUCACGUUGAAUGUGCUCACUGAAACUACUUUGAACGUCAUCCAAAUCUUGUGAGGCGCAGCGUAAGUUUGGAGGUGAAAUUUAUGUCCGAAAUUUCUUAGAAAUAAAAACUAAAUCAUAGAUUUUUGUUCAUCUCGUGUAUGACGAUUUAUGUCUUUGCAAUGUGUCUUCUGCAUGUAAACCAAAAUGUGUAAUGUAGAAAAAUUGGUGUCAAUUCUAUUUGUUGCAAAAUUUUUGUUUGAUUUUAGAAUCGUGAAAAUCUUUAGGUCAUUUAAGAAUUUAGUUUUCACGUUGUCAUUCUUCUUGAUUUUGUUAUUAACUAAGAUUUCGAUUUUGUUAUUAUAAAGUUAUAAUAAGUGCCAUCAUGAAAUCUUGGAGCUCAACUUAACUCGUAUGAAAGUGACGUGCCUGUUAAACUAAGCCACCGAAAAUGCUGUCGAGCGCGCACGCUUCAAGCAAAUAAGUCUCACAGUUGAGAAUGUGUAACUAAAUGUAGCAAAAAAGUUUUCAGCAAAUGUUAUUUCGAGUCUGGCAACUGGUUCUUUUACGUCAUAAUUCUCAAGCAAAUGUUAUUUCGAGUCUGGCAACUGGUUCUUUUACGUCAUAAU